AACCUUCUAAGUGCAAGAGCAGAGAGAGUCUAUCGUCACUCUCUAUCUGCCCAAAGUACUGUAGAGAGAGAGAGAGAGAGAUGGGAAGGAGUCCUUGUUGUUCAAAGGAGGGCUUGAACAGGGGAGCAUGGACAGCUUUGGAAGACAGAAUACUCACAGAAUAUAUCAAAAUUCAUGGUGAGGGAAAAUGGAGAAAUCUUCCAAAGAGAGCAGGGCUUAAGAGAUGUGGGAAGAGUUGCCGUCUAAGAUGGUUAAAUUAUCUAAGACCUGAUAUUAAGAGAGGCAACAUCACCCGUGAUGAAGAGGAGCUCAUCAUCAGGCUUCACAAACUCUUGGGGAACAGAUGGUCGUUGAUCGCUGGGCGGCUUCCAGGCCGAACAGACAAUGAAAUCAAGAACUACUGGAACACAAAUAUUGGAAAGAAAAUUCAAGCUCCCUCCACUAAAGGAAGACCACAAGAGAAGCCAAAUCCCACCAUGGAAGAAGGUUCAGCUCCCGACCGACUGAAACCAAGUACAGGCUCGUGUGUUGUCCGCACCAAGGCAACAAGGUGCACCAGGGUUGUCGUCACCUCCGCCGGGCAGCAAGUUGGUCAUGAAGUACUACCCUCUUUAACUCGUGAACCUGUUGACUUUUCGAAAUCCGUUUCAGAGGAAUCUAACGACCAUCUGCUCAACUUCAUGAUGGAUUUGGAGAUGGACGGGAAUCUCCUGUCGGAUUUUCUCGACGUGGAUUUCUCGCUGCUUGAGAAUAUUGGCAGUAACACAUGUGACAACGGCCAUUCCUCACCGGCUGAAGAUACGCUACAUGGCUCCGACUUCCAAUCUGUGGCUCCUCCUAAUAUUCAGUCGUCCCAAUAGGAAUGGCAGUGUGAUUAAGAAAAAUUGAAUAAUUAUCUUUAAAAAAAAAAAAAAAAAAAAGAAUAAUUGUAUCACUACCUCUAGUAGCAGCAUGCACAUAUAUAUAAUAAACCUUCUUUAACUCUUCCAAAAACUGCAUUUAACUUGGUAC